AUGGAACCACAAAGCUCCAUUUUUGUGGAGGAGUUAACAGCCGCUAAAAACUAUCAGGACUAUAUAUUGGAACCUGCUGUCAAGCCUAUAAAUGAUAUUCUGUUUGCUGUCAUUGAAGUCAUUGGAUUUUGCAGCAGGAUUCCGCUACAGAUCACAAGGGCAGGUCAACUCAGCAGUGACUGCAAAAGAACAUUUCAGAGUUCAUCUCUCCUUAACCCAUAG